CCGCGUCUCUUUUCCGCGCUUGGUCAGGAGUCUAUUUCCUUCUCUAUUCUAUCUCUUGCUUGGGGAAGAGCUUAUAAUUAGGGUUCCUUUUCGUGGCUCUCCUCUCCUAGUUCUCUUCCACGAAUCCAUCGUACGACGCUUCGAUCGCACUCUUUCUGGGUUUUCUGCCGGCAUCUCCUCUCCAUUUUUCCAGAUCUGUUGCCCGGCUGGAGAUUCGAUCUGAAGAGUGAGAUUGUUUCCUGAAUUAUGCGAACUUCAUGGGCUGAUUCAGUUGCGAACGCCGAUAGCUCGGCGUUUGCGACAGGUGCUUCUGCUAGCACCACCUACUCGAACGCUGCCGACGCCUCUGCUGCUGCUGCUGCUGUCGCUGCACCUCGUCCUGGUCGUGCUGCCUAUGUCCCUCCUCAUCUUCGCAACCGCACAGCAUCCUCGGAACCUCCAGUGCCGUCUCCUGCUGAUGGUUCUUCUGCUGCUAAAUUACCACCUGGGCCUGCUGCACUUUCUGGUGGAAACCGUUGGGGUGGUGGCCCCAGCCGAGAGAUGGGACGCGCUGGCUCUGUUGGUGGUGGCCGGGGUAUGGGUGAUGGCUGGGGCUCAAGGAGCGGCGGGUGGGACCGCAGGGACCGGGAGAUCAACCCUUUCGCAAACGAGGACGAAACCACUGAGGCUGCUUUUGAUGGCCCAGAGAAUACUGGGAUAAAUUUUGAUGCUUACGAGGAUAUCCCUGUGGAGACCAGUGGUGAGAAUGUCCCUCCACCUGUGAGUACGUUUUCCGAGAUUGAUUUAGGGGAUGCAGUGAAUGAAAACAUUAGGAGGUGCAAAUAUGUCAAGCCAACCCCAGUCCAGCGCCAUGCCAUCCCUAUCUUACUUGCUGGGCGGGACCUGAUGGCCUGUGCUCAAACUGGGUCGGGGAAGACUGCAGCUUUCUGCUUUCCGAUCAUUAGUUGGAUCAUGAGGGGACCACCUGCACAGCGGCAGCGCGUUUCGAGGACAGCGUAUCCAUCUGCACUGAUUUUAUCGCCUACCCGUGAGCUUUCAAUUCAAAUACAUGAGGAAACGAGGAAGUUCUCAUACCAAACUGGUGUCAGGGUGGUUGUUGCCUAUGGUGGAGCUCCGAUCAAUCAACAGCUGCGUGACUUGGAAAGGGGUGUUGACAUUCUUGUGGCAACUCCUGGUCGCCUGGUUGAUUUGCUUGAGAGAGCUAGAGUCUCAUUACAAAGUAUUAGAUAUUUAGCUUUGGAUGAGGCUGACAGAAUGCUUGAUAUGGGUUUUGAGCCUCAAAUUCGUAGAAUUGUUGAGCAGAUGGACAUGCCUGCUCGAGGUCAAAGACAGACUAUGUUAUUCAGUGCCACAUUCCCUAGCGAGAUACAGAGAUUGGCUUCUGAUUUCCUUUCCAAUUACAUCUUUCUUGCUGUUGGAAGGGUCGGUUCCAGUACGGAUCUGAUUGUCCAAAGGGUAGAGUUUGUUCUUGACUCUGACAAAAGAAGCCACCUAAUGGACCUUCUUCAUGCCCAAAGGGUUAAUGGUGCCCAUGGAAAGCAAGCUCUAACUUUGGUCUUUGUCGAGACAAAGAAAGGUGCUGAUUCCUUGGAGCACUGGUUAUGCAUGAAUGAGUUUCCUGCAACCACCAUUCAUGGUGAUAGGACACAGCAGGAACGGGAACGUGCACUCAGAUCCUUCAAGAGUGGUGCAACUCCAAUUCUAGUCGCAACUGAUGUUGCAGCCCGUGGGCUUGACAUUCCUCAUGUGGCACAUGUCAUCAACUUUGACCUGCCCAAUGACAUUGAUGACUAUGUGCACCGCAUUGGAAGAACUGGGAGAGCUGGAAAGUCUGGUCUGGCCACUGCCUUCUUCAACGAGAAUAAUUCAUCUCUAGCCAGGUCAUUGGCAGAGCUUAUGCAGGAAGCGAACCAGGAGGUGCCGCAGUGGCUUUCUCGCUAUGCUGCUGAUCGUUCUUCCUAUGGUGGUAGAAACCGUCGAUCUGGUGGAGCACGCUUUGGGGGGCGUGACUUUCGAAGGGAUUCCUCUUCCAGGAGUGGGGGAGGUGGUGAUUAUUAUGGAGGCAGUGGGUAUGGAGGUGGGGCAUAUGGUGCAUCCUCUGGGUAUGGCAGUGGUUAUGGCAAUCCAGGGUUAAGUGCUUGGGAUUAGCACCAUUCCAUUAUUUCUUAGCUUAGAUCUAUUCACCCUUGUACGAGGGCCAUAAUUUUGAUAGCAUUGUGCGCUUGAGGGCUUAGAUAUUUUGUGUCAUCCCUCUCUUCUUCAUUGCCUGCUGAGUCGCUAGCAGUUUCUCUAUUGGUUCCCCACUCAUGAGAGUGCUACAUGGAUGAAUCAAAUAUGAAUGGUCCUAUAAGUCUCACAGGUAGCCCCAUUUUAAAUUUAUUUUCUUUUGUUUCCCUUUGUUUCUUACCAGGGUGUAACUCGGAGGUUGUAGAAUAUGUGAUGAGACUUCGAGGGUCCUUUUUGGGCUGUUUGUUUCA